AACAUUGGACGCCACUGAUUGGCUAAUGGCUUGGCUCUGUGGCUUGGCUCUUGCAUAAGCCAGGGUUGGCUUGCUUGGACGUAUUUUUAACAAGUUUGGUCUAACAUUUUACAAAGAUUUGUGAAUUGUGAUGUCUUGGACAAACGAUGUGGCACUGGAGUUCUUGGACCACUACAGAAUAGAACAACUGUUAUGGGAUCCCAAACAUCCAUUGCAUAGAAACAGAUGCGAAGUAAACGAAGCAUGGCGUCGUAUACAAAGCAAUUUAAGCAUAAGCUGUUCAAUAGUGGAUCUGAAGAGGAAAAAGGAGUCCUUAAUGACAUCCUUUAGAUUUCACUACAACCGAAAAAAGAAGUGCCCCGUAAAUUAUCGAACGACGUGGUUUGCGUAUUCGUUUAUGGAAAGUUUUUUGGGCGGUAAAUAUGAAUGCGAUAGCACAGAUGAAAAUGGUCACGACGAGGACCCUAUCGCCAAUACAAAUCAAAACGUCAGCGUCAUGGUUGAGCGGCAGAGCUCUUCAAGUAAGCGGUUGAACAGAUCGUCUAGUUUGAAACCUCAAGAAUAUGUCUACAAAAGACAACUAGACAAUGUUAACUAUGUCAAAGACGAAAAGACUAAAAUUGAAACGGACGAAUACGACUUAUAUGGGCAACUUUUAGCCAAAAAAUUAAGGAAACUCGAUGAACAUCAACGUGAUAUGGCGAUGCAUGAGAUUGAUAAUAUUAUGUUUAAUGCCAAAAUGCAAAGCGGAUCAACACAAAACAGAAGUUACUCAACACCCCCUUCUCCUGUACCAAGGAAGAUCAAGUCUCCAGUGUUCAUAAUAACCCAACAGAAUCACGACCAAUUUGAAGACGAAAAUAAUAUAGCAUAUCAAGACCAACAACAAUCCUAAUUAUUACGAAUACACCGAUUUAUUCUCUCAA